UAGCGCUUUUUGUUUUUGUACCUUCUCGGACUCCGUACAGAUUAGCUGUUGACAGAAUCAUGGCGUCUUCAAUGUCACUUCUAGGUUUGGGACGUGUUUCCCUGCUAAAUACAGCCACUAAAGUAUUCCUGAAUCCCGUCAGGUCGGUGAGCCUGACGGGAUGGCGGCUGGCAGAGAAAGCAGGACAAGAGACGCAACUCAUCACCGUGGACGAGAAGCUGGACAUCUCCUCUCUGACCGGGGUUCCUGACGAACACAUAAAGACCCGCAAGGUGCACAUCUUUGUGCCAGCCCGCACGGCCAUGCAGUCAGGAGCCCACGGCACCAAGAAGUGGAAGAUGGACUUUGACACCCGGGAGCGCUGGGAAAACCCUCUGAUGGGAUGGGCCUCCAC